AUGGAACUGGAAUUAUGCCCCCCGCUUUUUAAAAAGGCGAACGAUGUAAAUACGGAAGCAGCACAACCACAAUUGCAGGAGUCUUGUUCGUAUACAAGCUCAAAUAGAGAGAGCUGGGGAAGAUGCUCCUCUUUGGGGAGUGAUGUUGAACCUUUUCCAGAUUGCUCAACAUCAUCCAACGACAAUCACCUGGUAAGGUUGAAGGUGCUUGCAACACCACUUCGAACGACGAGUAAACAUAAACAUGCAGCUGGAGCUGAAGCUGAAGAAAAGAAGAAAGUAGUAAAGAAAUCAUCUGGACGUGAAAAGCUGGAAAAACUAGAGGCCCUUAGUCAGCGCCUGCGACUCUGUAUUUUGAAACGUGUCAGGCAUAGGAGGAAUCAUUCAUCUUGAAUUGAUUAUACUCUAUCAUAUGUUGUAUUCUUUGUAGGUCCCACUCCCACUCCCACUCCCACUCCCUAGCUUUUCUAACUAACAUGUGUAGUAUGUCAUAUGUAAACAUGUAACGUACCAUUUGCAAAUUUGUAUUUCUGUUCUUGUGUAACAACUAGUCAAAAAAGAGACCAAAUUAUAAAUUAAACCUUUUUUUUUUUUUUUGAAAAAAAAAAUGCAGUGGUAGUACAAUACAAAAA